AUGAGUGAAAGAGAAGGAGAAAAUAGAGAGGAAUGGGAAAGUAAAGCGGAGUCUAGUAGGCUAAGCAGCAGAACGAGAUUGAGUAGUAGGUAUGGUUCGAUAAGAAGUGUGGCUAGGUUAAAUGAAUGCCUGAGUGAAAGGGAAAUAGGAAAGAUAAAGAAAUUAGUGGUAGAAAAGGAAAAGGAGGAGAGGAGAGGUAAUGUUGUAAUAAAAGGAUGGGAGAUAGGAGACAGAAUAACGAAUAAAAAGGCAGAAGAAUUUAUAAAAAAAGAAUUGGAUGUGGAAAUAAAAGUGAAGAGAUGUAGAAUAAGUGGGAAAGUGGUAGUGGUAAGUCUGGAGGAAGAGGAGAUGAAGAGGGAGAUAAUGAGAAAUAAGAGGAAACUGAAAGGUAAAAGUAUUUUUAUUGAGAACGACUUGAUGUGGGAGGAAAGAAAGAUACAAGAGAAAAUGGGCAAAUGGGUGGGGAAGGAGAGGAGGAAAGGAAAGACGGUGAAAAUGGGUUUUGCGAGAGUGAUGAUUGAUGGAAAUUGGGAAAAAUGGGAAGAAAUAGAAGAAGAAAUAAUUAGAAGAAAAGAAAGGGACAGAGAUAGAGAAUUAAGGGAACUAAAGGAAAGGGAGAUGAAAGAAGAUAUUGUGAGAGAAUUUAAGGUUGGAGAAAGAGUGGACUCGGAUCACAUGCCCAUGAUGGUGGAAAUAAAAGGAAACGGAGACUGCAGAGAAGAGGAAGAAGAGGGAGAAGAAGAAAGAAAAACAAGGAUAAGAUGGGAUAAGAAAGCAAUUGAAAACUUCAAAAAGGGAACAGAGAAAAUAUUAGAUACAACAGGAGAAGAAUUAGAAGAAGAGCAAGAAUCGGUAGAACGGAAAUGGCUAUCUCUGAAGAAGGUAAUUGGGGAAGCAUUAGUCAAGGAGGAAUGGAAGUGGAAAAGGAAAGGAAUAGGACACAAGGAAUGGUGGGACAAGAGCUGUAUGAAAAUGAAAAGGAGGGUGCAUAGAGAAUUUAGAAACUGGAGAAGAGGUAGAAUAAGCAGAGAAAAAUACAUGGAGGCAAGGAAAACUUUAAAAAAGCACGUUGAGAAUAGGAAAAGAAAGAAGAAAAAAGAGGAAGAAGAAGAGUUAAGAAAUCUAAGGAACAAAAGAGAAGUAUGGGAAUUUAUAAACAGGAGAAGAGGUAAAAGAAAACAGGUUAAGAAUAAUAUAGACAAGGAGGGAUGGAAGGAAUAUUUUAUGGAAUUAUUAGAAGUGAUAGAAGAAAACACGAAAGAGGAAAGGACAUUUAUACAAGAAAGAAAAGAAGACGAGGUUGGAGGAAAUCAAGAAGAAGAGGAAGGAGAAGAGGAACUGAAAGAGGAAGAAAUUAUUGAGGCAAUAGAUAAACUCAAAAGGAAGAAGGCAAUAGGGAUUGACGAAAUACCGACGGAGGUGUUGAGAAGGAGAUUGGAGGAGGAAGUGGAAGCAAAGGAAUUACUACCUGAAAGCCAGGGAGGAUUUAGAAGAGGAAGAGGAAUAUUGGAUAACAUCUUCGUACUAAAUCAUAUAGUGCAAAGAGAAAAGAAUAAUAAAAAAGAUAGGGAAAUAUACGCAAUGUUCGUGGAUUUUAAGGUGGCUUUCGACAACAUAGACAGAAAGAAGUUAUGGGAGAUUCUGAAGGAAAAGAAGAUAAAUAGGAAGAUUAUAGGAAGGCUGGAGAAGUUUAUAUUAUAUUAUAAUAACAGUCCUGGAUGGGAAACCUGCGAUAUACCAGAACGGAUAAUAAUGUCCUUAGAGCAAUGGUUAUUAAACUUUACUUCUUGA